AUGCCCACAGGCCUGCAGGACGCUGUGCGCCGCGCGGGGGCUGAGGAGCCCAGCCUGGCCCGGGCCGUGGUCCGCAGCCUGGGGGGCUUCAGCCUGGGCCUGUCCUUGGCCACGGUCUAUGGACUACUGGAGCUGCUGGUGGAAGGGCAGAGCCCCUGGGGCUGCCUGGUGGGCACGCUGACCUUGGCCGGCUUCCUCGGCCUGGGCAUGGCGUUCUCUCGGCAGGUCCGGGUCACUGUCCUCCUGCUGCUGCCCCAGGCCUUCUCCAAGCAGAGCCGGGCACUGCUGCUGUUGGCUGUCUUUGGGUUGGUGCUGCAAGGGCCUUGUGCCAACACUCUGCGCAACUUCACCCAAGCCAGCGAGGCCGUGGCCUGCGGGGCGGAGCUGGCCCUGAACCAGACGGCUGCAUUGCUGGAGCGAGCGAAGCAGCCCCUUGUCAGUGCCCUGAACAAGAUUAAGGCCAUUGCCCAGAAGGCCAAAGAGGUGGCUGACCGGAUCCGCAAGUUCUUUCGGUCCAUCAUGGAUGGAGUGAAGCAUAUAGCCAGGGCCCUGCGCAAUGUAUGGUACUGGCUCCUGCAUAUCGGAGACGUGUGCAACUCAGAGCUGGGCAACCCUUACCUGAAGUGUGCGCGGGUCUUCGAUGACGCCAAGGACAACUGCAUGAAGGUCAUCCCGCAGGCCUAUCACCUGUGCUACGUGCUCAUGCCCUUCAAGCUGGUGCUCUGUGGACUUGCCAGCCUGGUCCAGGUGUUCUGCAUCAUCCCCAAGUACCUGCAGCCCUUCCUGCGCACGACCAUCGGCAUCCCUGUGCAGAAGUUGAUUAACCGGGUGCGUCAAGAGUUUGAGUUCAACGUGACAGCCACCCACUACUUCUCCGUGGACCUCGAUGCCUCCCGGAGCCUGUCCCAGGUGGCCCUGGACCUCUACGAGGCCGUCAGCAUGAAGCUGUACCGCGCCCGCGAGGCCCUGGCCCUGAUGGGCUACGCCACGCCUCUGCUGCUUGUGCUUCUCUACCUCCAGGCCCUGUUUUACCGGUACUGUUACCUGAACCUGGACAGCCAUGACAACAUCUACAUCACCAGCCGGUUCCUGCGCAUGGAGGCCGUGCGCUCCCGGGCGGGGCUGCCCACCGUGCUGCCCCUCAGUGCCCACGAGGCCAGACACUAUAUCCGGCCAGGCUCCCUCUACCUGUCCCGGUGGGAGCAGCUUUUUUACCUCCUGGCGAUCUCCCACCUUCUCCGGCAACUCCUCAUCACACUGCUCCUCAUCUUCCUGGACUACGCGGUCUUCUGGGUGCUGGACCUGGCCCGGCACCACCUGCAGGGGGAGAUGGUGGCCCGCAGCCCCGUGCUGGUAUCCAUCACUGUGGAAGGCAGUGGCUAUACCGGGAACAUUUACCGCGACCUGGUGUCGGCCUUCGACGUCCUGCAGCAAGGCAACGUCACGGUCCUGUCACGGCGCUGCGCCCUGCACCCCUCGGAGCCCAACACCACCGGCUAUAUCGUCAUCGGCAUCAUGUACGGCCUAUGCUUCUUCGUCACCCUGUUUGGAAGCUAUGUCAGCCGGCUGCGGCGGGUCAUCUGUGCUUCUUACUACCCAUCCCGGGAGCAGGAGAGGAUCUCCUACCUCUACAACUUACUCCUGAGCCGCCGAACCUCCCUGCUGGCUGCCCUGCACCGGUCAGUGAGGCGGCGGGCAGCGGACCAGGGCCAGCUGAGCCUCCUGCAGGUGCUGGCCAGGCGGUGCCUCUGUCUGGCUCCAUUGAUGAAGCACGUUGGGCAGCAGCAGGCCUACUGCCUGGGCUGUGGGCAGCCCCAGGACGAGGGGGACACGGAGAACUUUGUGUCCUGCAGUACCCCAGCCUGCCGAGGUCUCUUCUGCCCCACCUGCUUCCGCCUCCUGGACAGCACCUGCUCCGUGUGCGCAUCUCCCCUCUCCUACCAGGGAGAGCUGGACCUGGAGCUGGACUCCAGCGACGAGGAAGGCCCCCGGCUGUGGCUGGCUGCAGCUCGAAGAAAGAACCCCGCGCAGGAGGGGUUACUGCGGCAGCGGCUCCAAGAAGCGCUGGGCAGGACCCUCUCGUCGGGGUCCAGCUCUGAGCUCAGGGGACCGGCUCCCCAGCCGCGGGUGGAGGUGACGGCGGCCAAGUGGCCGCUGGGGGCGCCCGCCCGCGAGGGGCGCGGCCGCCAGGUGGCGCCGGCGAGCCCGCUCUCCGCCCGGCUCCCCAGCCCCUCGCCGGCCCACACCCAGCGCCGCGCCAGCCCGGGGGCGGCGUGA